AUGAAACUGCAAAUGAAUGAUGGAAAUCUGUUUCAUGAUAAUGAAGAAUAUGAAAGAAUCAAGAAAAAAACUCUAUUCAAAAUACUGCUGUCUGUGUUUAUCAAAACAUUGUUUGAGUCAUUUUUGCAGCCACUGUUACCAUUUUACAUACUAAAUUAUUACGAAAUACAAGUAAAAGAAUUAGGAAUAUUGUUAAGCUUUUAUUCCUUCUCUCAAUGUGUAAUGUGUUUGAUAAUAGGAUUUUUUUCAUCACUUAAUAAAAAACAUUUAUUAGUAUUUUUAAUUAUAUUCAAUUUAAUUGGUAUGUAUUUAUUUUAUAUAAAAUUAAAUUUUACUUUGUUAAUCAUUAACAGAAUUAUAUGUGGAAGUAGUUCAGUUUUUAUAGUAGUAGUUAAUGCUAUUAUUAACGAUUUAGUUGAUACAAAUGUAUGUAUUUAUUAUACAUAUAUAAAUAUAUUUAACGCAAUUGGUAUAAUCCUAGGACCUCUGUUAUCUUCCAUAUUUUUAACAAUAUUUAAUUUUCAAAUCAUAUUAAAUUUUAAUACCAUUGGAUUAAUUGUAUCUCUUCUAAUCGUUUUGACAAUCUCCAGCGAAUUACUAUCCCAGAGUCAAGAUAAUACAAGAAAACAAAUUCUUCAAGAUAAUAAUUUAGUUACACUUAAUGUUGAUACUAAGAGAGACAAAAUAAAAUAUGGGGAUAACACAAGAAAUAGCAGGAAAAAUUCAUCACACUUAAAAAAUGAUUUUGCUCAGGAAGAAUUUAAUAUUAAUCUCAUUGAAAAUAUAAAAAAUAAAUAUGCAACAUCUAGUUACAAAAGAGAAGAAAAUUCUGUAAAUAGUUACAUACUAAAUAAAAAAAAAAACUAUUCGGAUAUUAAUUAUAAUAAAAAAAAUUUUAAUUAUUACAAUGAUGACUUUUCAGAAUUGUCAUCCUAUCAACAAUUUUUGAAGAGGCGAGAUUAUUUUUACAUUUCAACAUUAACCCAUUAUGUAAAACAAAAAAUGUGCUCAUUAGUUAACACCGCUCUUUCUUACAAGUUCAAAUGUCUUCUUUCUAUUUGUCUGUUCAGAUUUACUUCAGCCUUUUCAUCCAAUUUGAUGAGCAAUAUAUUUUUUGUCUUUUAUAAUGACAAUGUUUCCUCUGACAACAAACAAGUACAAAUCAGCGUCUUUGUGUCCUUGAGUGGAAUUAUCAUGAUCUUUUAUCAAUAUUUUUCUUUCUCAUAUAUCCUCAAAACAUUUGGAUACAACGGGACGGCAAUUAUAGGCCUGAUCAUACAAAGCACGGGAAUUUUACUAACCUAUCAUAGUAUAAAAUAUUACAAUCUAAUUUUUCAAUAUAUAAGUAUUUGCUUCAUUCAUUCAUGUUCCUAUGCUUAUAUAGAGCCAAUCAUACCAACAAUCAUAUCUUUAUUUUUUGAUAAAAAGGAUCAACUAUUUUCUCAAAGUAUUGUAUCCUUCUUUAGAUAUUUAUCUUUGACCAUUUCUCCAAUUAUAUAUAGUUAUUAUUAUAUAGAAAAUCAACUUUUCCCUUUUUUUAUUUCUUCCUGUGUGUCCAUUUUAUCAAUUUUUUUUGUAUACCUCUCCUUUAAGUAUCAUAAAAAGAUGAAUUCUUCAUGUUUGUUUAAUUAA